AUGAAUACUAAGGUUCAAAGUUUGCUAUUAGUUCUUGUGCUUCUGUCUAGUAUGUUUAGUGACAGUGAAGGUUAUUUCCCUGCCAGAGUCGGACGCAAAUCUUCAAUUCAGGUCAGUCAUUUGUACUAGAAAAAACAAAACAAAACAAAAUCAGGUGUUAGUGGCAGAGUAAAACUUUUAUGAAAUGAUUCCUUUGUCUUCCAGCGCUUUCAGAAUUUUGCUUACUAUUAAAUGAAAUUCCAAAGUUUCAUAAAAAGUGAAAAAACAAUUCUUUCUUUUCCCUUGACAGGGAGCUGAUGGUAGUGAAGAUGCCUUUAUGGGAACUCGAGUGACUCGAGACCAGGUUAGUGAUAACUUAGUACAGUAUGAUUAUAUUUCAUUACCAGGUUUGUGAUGCUAUAUUGGUAGUUCAACCAUUGUAACUGGAUUUAAAACAGAAUUUUUGAUCAUUAAUCCUAGCCUUUUUAGGGAGUUCAAGGGGUAGUUUGAUUGAUUAUUGUUGAAAUAGAGCGAAGGAAGAUAAGGCGGGUUAUAAGCAUUAACCGGGUACUGAUCUUCUGAGAGGCUCAGGAUCCCCAGAGGAGGAGAGGGGUUGGCGACUCCCAUAUGAAUGCAAGGGGAAUGUUUACCCCAAAAAUGUCAAGGACUCCGACAUAAGUUUUGGGAAAACUGCUAAAAUACUGAAGAACAAGGUUGUGACGUCCCUGACUUUCAUGUUUGCCUGACUAGCGUUGCAUUUUCGGCUUCUUUCGUUGCGCUAUUUGACAUGCUUUUUUUUUUGUUUGUAUCCCUGGUUAUAGGACUUAUCCAAGAUGCGUUUAAAACGAGACGAUUUUUGCGAAGUCUGUAAAAGCGCCUGUUGAUGAUGCAAGACGGGUCAAACUAAAACGCUAUUAGCUAUAAUAAAAUUACUACAAUAAGCAAAAUACCCUAGGAAAAAUGACCAUACGCUUUCACGACCUAUAUAUAUAUACAAAGUGUUCAACUGGAAUUUUUAAAUAAAGGUGUCUAACUAUAUUUUAAACCAUCUGCUUCUCAGUUUCUGUUGUCUCACCCUAUUAGUGCUCAUGCGCGAAUCGACUCCCUCCAAGGAUUUUUCCCUUGGCAAAUAGGAAAAAGUGCUAGGGACUAGGCUGGCGAGAAAAUGAGAACAAAACCAGUAUUUUUGCAGGCAUACCUUCAUCUCUGAACCUGCUUGGUUUUUAAUUUGUCUUCGUUUUAUUCGUCCGAUCAUUGUAAAUAUUUUUUCUUUGAAUCGUUAUUUAUUUAGCCUGUGUAAAGACCCCCCUAAUUUUUACUGAGGGGAGGGGGGAUCUGUACACAGGCAGGAGCCCAUUUGAUGGGCUCCUGACACAGGCUAUUAUUUAUUCUAUUUUUAUUUAGUAACAGACGAAGAGCAACAAUGUGGAAGCCCUGUUAAUAAACAGAUUACCUACUUACUUACUUAUUGUAAAUCCAUAACAACAAAUGGAUUACACGUAGACUGA